GCACGCGCUUUGUGUUUACACCACGAUAACAGUCUUCGCAUUCGAACUCCUUCACAACACGUCGGCGAAAUCCUUCGUUUUCUAGCGAUCCAAGGAACACAAUAAAAUGCUUAGGACAGGAUCUUAUAGGAUUUCGACCAGGCUUUAUGGACUCGUAAAGUCGGGGCUGACGAAGGCUUCUGUUUCGCCCAGAAUCUUGCCCCCAGCAAGGAUACAAGCAUUUAGGGAAUAUGCAUCAAAAGCUGAGGGUCCCCCUUCCAAAUCUUUCGCCAUGGCCUUAUUCAAUGGCAAACUUGAACCAGAGCAAGUCUUUCCAUUUCCCGAAGUUCUAACACAGGAUCAAGAGGAAGAGCUUAGAGCAUUUGUUGAACCAGUUUCUAAGUUCUUUGAGGAGGUCAAUGACCCAGCUAAGAAUGAUGAGCUAGAAACAGUAGAAGAACACGUCAUGGAGUCACUCAAAGAAAUGGGAGCUUUUGGACUGCAGGUACCAGCUGAUUUAGGAGGUGUCGGGUUGACCAACACACAAUAUGCCAGAAUGGUUGAAAUAGUCGGCACGCACGACCUGGCUGUAGGUAUUGUGCUUGGUGCUCAUCAGUCCAUUGGAUUCAAGGGCAUUCUCCUCUUUGGGAACAAGGAACAGAAAGAAAAGUACUUACCUCAGGUUGCUACUGGUAAAAAGUAUGCUGCAUUUUGUUUGACUGAGCCUUCCAGUGGUUCGGAUGCGGCAUCAAUUAAAACAAGAGCUGAACUCAGCAAAGAUGGCAAGCAUUGGAUUCUCAAUGGAGGCAAACUAUGGAUUAGCAAUGGUGGAAUUGCAGAUAUCUUUACUGUCUUUGCCAAGACUCCAAUCAAAGAUCCUAAAACUGGUGAAGUAAAGGAUAAGGUCACAGCUUUCAUUGUAGAACGUGGCUUUGGAGGAGUAGAGAGUGGGCCACCAGAGAAAAAGAUGGGAAUCAAAGCAUCUAAUACAGCAGAGGUCUACUUUGACAAUGUUCCUGUGCCAGUAGAAAAUGUCCUUGGAGGCGAAGGCAAUGGUUUCAAAGUUGCUAUGAAUAUUCUUAACAAUGGCCGAUUUGGGAUGGCUGGUGCUCUCUCUGGUACCAUGAAAGGACUUAUCGAAAAAGCUGUUGACUUUGCUGCUAAUCGUACACAAUUUGGAGCAAAAAUCGAAACCUUUGGAGCUAUCCAAGAAAAAAUUGCUCGUAUGGCCAUGCUCCACUACGUAACUGAGUCUAUGGCGUACAUGAUAAGUGCUAAUAUGGAUUCUGGCGCGACUGACUUCCAAGUAGAGGCGGCCAUCAGUAAAGUGUUUGCCUCUGAAGCUGCAUGGUUCGUUGCUGAUGAGUGCAUUCAGAUCCUCGGUGGCACUGGCUUCAUGAAGUCUGCUGGAGUCGAGCGAGUCAUGAGGGAUCUCAGGAUCUUCCGUAUUUUCGAGGGAACAAAUGACAUUCUGCGACUGAUGAUAGCGCUUACAGGUCUUCAGGGCGCCGGCAAGCGACUGCAGGCCUUGCAGAAACAACUGAAAAACCCUGUUGGGAACAUCGGUGCUCUGAUGGACUUUGGUCUAGGACGUACAAAAAGGGCAUUAGGUAUGAACACCGGUCCCUCGCUCACUGAGCACGUGCACAAAGACCUUCAGCCAUCCGCUGACCAGGUAUCAAAAGCAAUGGGUGACUUUGGCGGAGCUGUUGAAGGUCUACUGAUGAAAUAUGGAAAGAAGGUUUUAGAACAACAGUUUCUUCUCAAGCGCCUCGCAGAUGCCACCAUGGACUUGUACGGAAUGGUCGCUAUCCUUUCCAGGGCCUCUCGGUCGCUCAACAGAGGCUCGGAGACGAGUCAACACGAAGCGAUGAUCUGCCAAGUUUUCUGCAGUGAAGCUGCUGAUAGGAUAGCCAGGAAUCUACGCUCACUUCAAGACCCCCAGAGCCUCUCGAAUGACAAGACCAUGUCAAGGAUAGCCGGCGAGGUCGUACGAAACCAGAGGGUUGUGCCCGAACACCCCCUUGGCUUUUAGCUCCUGCGUCAACAGGAAAAUCUUCUCAAUUUACACAAUUCUGUUUUCAACCCGUCAUCUCAAUAAGCGAUCCCCUCUGAUUUGCUUUUUUUUUUAUAAUUCCAAGUAUUCUAUACACCACCCUCCCUUUUUUUUCAAUCCCUUGGAUGCAUUGGACCGGCAGCUGCCUAUGAAUAAUGUAACUUAUUUGCCUCCAGCUUCAAUACCAGGUUGUCCAGUUUGUCUAAACCUGCUUAUUUAUGGUUUUGUUUGCUUUGUUUUGUUUGCUUCCAACCGGUUUCUUGAGAUUGUCUGAACCUUUUUGUUAUGUUUGUCUACUACUUUAAAAUGAUAGAACAGGAUAAGAGCAUUUAAUGACUUUUUUUGUACAUCCUCUGCUUCUCUUACAGAGCAUAAUGUGGGAAUGGAAAUAGCUAUACGGUUAGCUGUAUUACAAAUGUACAUAUUUGCAAUAAAAUAAAAUAAUAUUACAGUGAUUAA